UUAACAAAACGAAAUUCAUUUCAUUCAUUCAUACACACGAGUUGUUAGCGUAAAAAGUUGUGUGGAAUUACAGUAUUUUGUAUUAUAACUAUAUAAAGGGAUUUGUUAUAGUUAAAAUCCCACAAAAAAAUAAAUUAUAACAAUGACAGACGUUUCGAAAAAGGUACAGGACUACAAGGAUUCACUCAAGCAGAAGGCUGAGCAUCUUAUCAUAAAAGGCUUUCCAGAGAAGAUAGUAAAAUUAAAUGAGCUUCUAGAAACAUCAAAUUUUCAAAAUCGAGAUUUAGCUGAUGUACAUCAGGACCUAAACAUUCCAGUACCGCCUCCUGCAUCAGCAGCAAAUGAGCCAAAUGCCAAACGUCAGCGAAUGGACUCCUCGGAGGUGUCCAGCAACACAUCGGAGGGCACUCGUGUGUAUGCCCUGCCCAACGGCACCGUGCCAUGCAACAAGCCACUUAGUGACCUCAUUCACCUUGUUAAGCCACACAUUAGGGAACUGGUUGAAGAUUCCAAUUUGCUGAAAAUGUGGAUAUCAUUCAUGAUUCCUAAAAUCGAGGAUGGCAACAACUUUGGUGUAUCAAUACAGGAGGACACACUUGCCGAGAUACAAUCAGUGGAGUCAGAAGCGGCUGCUUUCUUUGACCAAAUCUCACGGUACUUCAUCUCGCGAGCGAAGAUUGUGUCUAAGGUUGCCAAAUACCCACACAUCGACGACUACAGAAGAGCUGUACGAGAGCUGGACGAAAAGGAGUACCUGUCGUUAUGGCUGGUGAUGUGCGAGAUUCGUAACCGCUACUGUUCGCUCCACGACAUCGUUAUCAAGAACUUGGAGAAAAUUAAAAAACCACGUUCGUCAAACGCGGAGUCUCUAUACUAGGCGCUAUUUCAAUCUCAAGUAGUAUCUCUUUAGUCACAUGCAACUGUAAGAAUACACUGUGAAUCUAAGAGUAAUACUUAACUGGCUUUCAUGUCUUAUUUUUUAUUCACUGGGCAGUAUUUCUGUAUAUAUCAAACCAACAAAUAGCUUUGUUUUAGCCAGCUCUAAAGUUUUGAUCAAUCUCUUUAUAUACGAAAUCAAUGUACUAGUGACAUGUACCACACCUUAUUAAACUAGUUUAGGUGCUUCAUUGACUAGUGAGUAAAAAGUAAGGAGAUUGUGUUGUGGUCUCAUGGCAAGGCGGAGAGGUUGAAGACUCGUAUUAUGUGUGAGACUGUGCUGUGUUGUUACACAUUAAUAUAUUUGUGUCACACUAUUGUAAUGAUGAUUGAUUGUGAAAUAUUAUGACCAAUUUGUUUUUGUUUAUCUGAAAUUAAACAUUAUUCCCCAUAGUAUUUAAAAGACAACUUGCUAUGAAACUACAAUAUGAUUUGUCAGUUGUUCCAAAACUAUUCAUAACUAGGUUUUAGUUAAGCUAAAAUAUUAUGUUGUUACUUAAAAUACUGUCAAUAAACUUCAGUGGUUUACCAUUUCUAUAAUAUCUCAAAAUUUAUGUUUUCUUUAAGAUACCUACAUAUGACAUAUUUUUUUUUCAAAAGUGGAGUGAUUGGCUAAUAGUCAAUAUUUCAUUUUUAAAAAUGUACCCAAUGAUGAUAAUAACGAAUACAUUUCUAUGAAUGUGUA